GCGGCAUGUGCAGAGUGGGGCAAAACCCAGACCCCACUCCCUGGCAGGAGCUCAAGGGCCGGAUUAAAACAUCUGAAGGGCCAGAUGCGGCCCCCGGGUUUGCCCACCCCUGAACUAAACCCAUUUCUCCAAAGCCAGUGGAUGUGUCCCUCCAGGUUCUGACCCAUAGCUUGAUACUGGGAGGGAGAGAGGUGGUGCUCACUUUGUAAAAUGGAUUAUCAAGUCAUACAGGAUAGUAACAUGUUGGCUUAUUACAGCUGGUUCUGCAGCUCUGGGCAGAGGCUACCGGUGAGAUGGUGAAGGCGCCGGGAUGUCCCGGGCUGCGCCGGCCCUCGGGUUACCUCCCCACGGCUCUGUUCUUCGCGGCGCUCUGCGGCUCUGAUGCUGGCCUCAGGAGGAAAGAUUGCCAGUUCCCGGACCCUUCCGAUCACACUACCUACAGGUGCGCGUCCCCGGCGUGCAAGCUAUCUCUGGGCAGCGGCGCGUUUAAGGCUGGCUCCGUGGUGCAGCAUUUCUGCGAAGCCGGCUACACCCUGGUCGGCCACCCUGGGGUCUCUGUCUGCAAGGGCGGCCAGUGGAGCGUGUUGAAGCCGGUCGUCUGCAAGCCCCUGGAAGGAUCCCCGGUGCCUCACCCCGGCUCGGUCAUCACUGUCUCCUCCAUCCCCAUGGUGGCUGCAGCCUCGGUGACGGCGUCCGCCCUGCUGCUGGUGGCCAUGGUGUGUGUCCUGGUGGGGCCGAAACCCUGCAGCCACAGGUGCUGGAGGUGGUACGAGCCCAUGGAGGAGUCCGAGGUGAGCACCGUCGACAGCUGCCCAGUGCUGCUCCCGUCUUACGAGGAGGCCGUCUAUGGCUCCCAGGGGUGCCCCGUGCCGCCCGCUCCCCACACGCCGACGCCCCUCAUCCUCUCCAGGGGCCUGGUCCUCCCAUCGGAAACAGCCGAGCCCUGGUGGAGUCCGGAGGCCGCCACCCCGCCCCCUUCCUACCAGGAGAGCCAAGCGGCAGCUGCGGGCGGCCCCGGCCUGGCCCGGCCCACGGCGCCCCCUGCCCGGUUCCUGUUCCCUGGGGCUGCAAAGGACCCACGCAGGUAGCCGGGGGACUGGGGGUCCCCGGCAGGGCCCCGACACUACAGCAGAGACGCCUCAUUUGAAGCACACGCAGCCUGCUCCAUCUUUUAACUUGCUGGGUGGGGGGGAGAGGACCAUUCCCCCCCUCCCCAGUUACUCAGCAUCUCGUGAAGCUGAUGGGACCGAAGCAGCCCCCCUCGGAGGGGUGUGUGCAGCCUUCCGCCUGGAUGGGGGCCCCCGGGGCUGAGGGACCGGCCUUCUGCCCCCCCCCCAAGCUAACGGCUCUGUCUCCGAGGGGCCGACCUUUGCCAGCCAGCUGGUAGCCGGCGGCUCAGCGUGUUCUGACCUCUCUGCACUGCCGCCCCGUGGGAUCCCACUUUUCCCUGCCCCCCCACUCCCACCAGGGUGUCAGUUCCCAGCAGAGCCGUCCAGGGUUAACUCAGGGUAGGCUGCCACCUCCCUCCAGCUGUGAGGAUGGGGUGGGGGGGCAGAUCCCCCCCCCCCCCAGGUUCCUAAUGCUCUGGCGGACAUCCCCUGGGCUUGUUCCAUUCUUGGGGGGGCCUCCCCUGUGGUCAGCAACUUCCCCCCACCCCCCAAAAAGAGACCCUGCUCCCCCCAGCUUUCCUGUGCUCCCCUCCCCCCCCCCCCGCCACCGUCCGUGGGUCCCUGCUGCCCCCUGCUGGAAGGAAGGAGCCCUGCCCUGUGUGUGUGUGUCUGGGUCCCCAUCUAUGACCUUACUGGAGGGGGUGAGCCCUGCCCCCCCCCUCCCAUGUCCGUCUAUCCAGCUCCAUGCACUUUGUGUGUGUGUGUGUGUGUGUGUGUGUGUGUGCGCAGUUGCACCCACAUCCCAGUUGGGGGUGCCAUAGGUGUGGUUUAAAUAGCUGCACCCCGCCUCCCUAGCGCUCCCCUGGGCGGGUGGCUCUUGUCUCCUUCCCCCUCCCUGUUCCUGCCCUUCCCACCCCCAUCACCCGUGCUCCCUGGCUUGGCUACAGGGGGGUGAGCUGGCACCCCUGGUGGGGGGAGCGGAGCGCGGGGGGAAGCGGCUGCAGGUUUGAAUCCCGGCUGCCCCCCAGGCCCAUCCCACACAACAACCGCUGGGUCCUUGGCGGGUGCUGGGCAGGGGUGAAUCUUGGGCUAUUCCUCGACGGGGGGCCUGGCUUCCUGUCUCUUUCCCCCCCCCCC